CUCCCCAAUUUUUUAUUCUGAAUCUGAGCCAGAAAAAAUAUUAUAAGAUAAUAAAACAGAUGGCCACGUGUAACUCACGCGCUCACUCGCCUUCCAUUAAAGCCCAUUUUCCGGCAGCCGACGCGGCAAACCCUUUAAACCUUGGUACUCUCUACCAACGACCGUAGAGUUCGCAAAAAAGCCAAAAGCUUUUUCUCCGAAAAGAGACAGCAGCUGAAACUGGCCGUCUUAAAACGACACUAACUCCGAUCUCCCCUAAGUUUAAAACGACAACUCUUUGUUUUCUCAGUCCCAAGUUUCCGCUUCUUUUAAAUCCCCUCCCUUCUUUACUUCACGUGUCCCCGCGAUUUUGCUUUGAUCCCCUCUGCGAUUUUCUCUUCCCUUUUAUUUAAUAAAAUUUUAUUAAAUUAAUUUUUUGAUUUAAUGUUGAAUGGGCCAUGGCCGAACCAUUGCCAACGACGAAUAGGGUGAAGGAGAACACAAUAUGGAAGGGAAUUUUCGCUGUCUGUGGAAUCAUGAUUACUCUUGUUAUCUAUGGACUUUUACAGGAAAAGAUCAUGAGAGUCCCAUAUGGGGUAAACAAGGAAUAUUUUAAGUACUCAUUAUUUCUCGUUUUCUGCAACCGCAUCACAACAUCUGCGGUCUCUGCUGGUUCUUUACUGGCAAGUAAGAAAGCAUUGGAUCCUGUUGCUCCAGUCUAUAAGUACUGCCUCAUAUCAGUAUCAAACAUCCUCACCACAACAUGUCAGUAUGAGGCCCUCAAGUAUGUCAGUUUUCCAGUUCAGACUCUUGCUAAGUGUGCAAAAAUGAUACCUGUAAUGAUUUGGGGCACUUUCAUUAUGCAGAAGACAUACAAGGGUUUUGACUAUUUGGUGGCUUUUCUGGUGACCCUAGGUUGUUCAAUAUUUAUACUAUUUCCGGCUGGAACUGACAUUAGUCCUUACAGCAAAAGAAGAGAAAAUACUGUUUGGGGUGUUUCUCUGAUGGUCGGUUAUCUUGGGUUUGAUGGCUUUACAAGCACAUUCCAAGAUAAAUUAUUUAAAGGCUAUGAUAUGGAAAUACACAAUCAAAUAUUCUACACAACAUUAUGUUCUUGUGUUCUGAGCUUGACAGGUCUUAUAUUACAGGGACAUUUACUUCCAGCUAUAGAUUUUAUUUAUCGCCACAAUGAUUGUUUCCUUGAUAUUGCAUUACUUUCCACUGUAGCAACAGCCAGUCAAUUCUUCAUUUCAUACACGAUUCGUACAUUUGGCGCCCUCACAUUUGCUGCCAUAAUGACCACAAGACAGCUGGUGAGCAUCAUGCUGUCAUGCGUGUGGUUCAGCCAUCCCCUUAGUUGGGAACAGUGGAUUGGGGCGGUCAUCGUGUUUGGCUCCUUGUAUACAAAAACCUUAUUGAAAAAAGCAUCACCGAAUCCCCCUCCUCCACGACAAACACAAAAUGGAGCUUCCAGUCCUGUGAAAGAGAUCCCUUAAGCUCCAGGUCCAAUUUUGCACCAGUUGCGAAGUUUGCCUAUGUCAAAGCUGCAUUCCUUAGCUUGUCGGCAAGACUCAGGUCGAACGAUUGUAUGAAAUCCAAGCUGCACCUUCAUGGCUGAUGGAAUUGAAAUUUUGGAAAAAAAAAUUAAAAUAAUGACACUACAUUCUUCUGGAGGGAUAUGAAUUAUAAACCACGCACCAUCAACUAAAGCACAAAAAUGCUUUUUGUCCACCCUGCACAUGGAUAUGCAACUGCUCAGACAAAUGAUUGUUUGUAGGUCUUUCUAUUCAAACACGAAAUAGAGAAAGUGAAAAAAUUAUUAAAGUAGGUUGAUUUGCUAAUGUUGCAUGUCAUUGAAUUCUCCUACUUUGCAUUAUUUUGGUACGUGCAAACCAAACUACAGAUUUUAUAUUUUAAUUUAUAUGAUAUUUUGCUAAUUUUUGA